AUGGCAGACAACUCAUCAGCAAAGAGCCUGGCUGAUCCUGUCCUCUUGGAGACGAUCGACAAGCUGUUCCAACACAACAUUGGCGAAUACGUCUCUCUUCCCCAGCUACUUGUAGUAGGUGAUCAAUCAAGUGGAAAAAGCUCGGUGCUUGAAGGCCUCACAGCCCUGCCUUUCCCACGUGACAGUGGACUUUGCACCAGAUUCGCCACUCACAUUACAUUCAGAAGGACUGCCACGACAGAGGUCUCCGUGUCAAUACUUCCCAGCGCAAACGCGCACCCUGAUCACGCAGAGAGACUCAAGAAGUACCAGAGAAAUCUCGAAACUUUGGACCAGCCAAAAUUCGCAGACGAUCCAACGUUCGCAGAAAUCUUACGAGAGGUACACAAGCUCAUGGGCCUCAAAGUCUUUGGGGCUUCUGAUGAAGGAGCCAAUACAUUUUCUGACGAUGUGCUGAAGAUUGAGAUCUGUGGCCCAAAGCAACAGCACUUGAGCGUCAUUGACGUUCCGGGCAUUUUCAGAAAUACCACAGUAGGCGUGACCACGGACUCAGACAUUGAGGUUGUCAGAAAUAUGGUGAAUCAGUAUAUGAGGAACCCAAGGUCGGUCAUUCUUGCAGUCAUCCCAGCAAAUGUCGAUAUUGCCACCCAAGAGAUCUUGAAGAUGGCGGAGAAAUGUGACACAGAGGGUCAGAGAACCUUGGGGGUUUUGACCAAGCCAGAUCUCGUCGAUAAAGGGGCCGAGCAUCGCGUAGUUGAUCUUGUGGAAGGUCGAAGCUAUAAACUCAAGCUCGGCUGGUCGAUGGUCAGGAAUCCUGGGCAAUCGGAACUUGAGAAUCCUAAAUUUGAUAGACACGCCUCGGAGACAAACUUCUUCAAGAGCAAAGAACCCUGGGCCAGACUCCAGAAAAACCGCGUUGGCGUUGAGUCUCUUCAGGGACAGCUCCGCGACAUCCUGACGGAGAUGGUGAAGAAGGAGUUCCCAAAUGUAAAAUCCGACAUCAAUAGAAGACUGAAUGAGCGCAAGAGACAACUGGAGUCGCUCGGGCCUUGCCGGGAAAAUCGAGAACAACAGCGCGAGUAUCUGCUCAACCUCGCGACCCGAUUCCAUAGCACAACCUCCCUUGCCUUGGCAGCCCGCUACGGGGCCGACGACCUCUUUGACAGCGUCCCGGGCCUGAAAUUAGCCACAGCUGUGGCUGAUCGCAAUGCGAUCUUCGCUGACGAUGUUUGGAAGAGAGGUCACACUAUGACAUUCAGCCAAGGUUCUGAGCUGUCCGAGGAGGGUGAUCACGUCGAAGGAACCGAGGAGGAUGAUGACGAGGACUCCAAUGAGCAAUCCCAAAGUGUUCGUCAAACAGGGCCCGAGCCUGAACUUGAUGACAUCCUACACGAGGGCUGCGAAGUGCCAAUGCCAAAGCCAACGGGUAUCAUACCGUGGCUCGAUAAGGUCUACAAGAGCUCUCGGGGAUUUGAGCUGGGAACGUUCGAUGCGUCGCUUCUUCCUAUCAUUUGGAAGCAGCAGUCCGCCAAUUGGGAUAAUCUCGCACUAGGCUACGUUAGUGAUGUCGUGUCCCAUGUCCACAACUUCAUCCUUGCUCUAAUUGCAGCUAUCUGCGAGGACCAACGCGUUCAGUCGGCACUCGUGUCGGUGCUCAUGGAUGGUCUGAUAGAACGCUAUAAAAAGAGUAUCGAUCAUGCAAACUUCAUCCUCUACGUCGAGAGAAAUGGCACUCCGCUAACAGAGAACCACUACUUCGCCGACAACCUCGAGAAAUGCCGACAGCAACGUUUGAAGGCGCUCAUGGAGAACAUGAAAUUCGACGCUGAAGGUCACGGCGACGUGGUGAGAGUAAACGACAUCCUGCAAACUUCGACCGCAAGCAACACUGAUCACACUAUCCGUGACCUUCAUGAUAUCCUCAAGUCUUAUUACAAAGUGGCUCGCAAGCGCUUUGUGGACGUCGUCUGCAUGCAAGCAGUGGAUCACUACCUUCUUACAGGACCUACUGCGCCGGUCCGGCUGUUUUCUCCGAACUUUGUGAGUGGGUUGGAGGAGGCUCAGUUGGAUCGUAUCGCAGGGGAAGAUGUCUCUACGAAGAGGAAGCGGGAAGAGCUGAAGCGCGAGAUCGAGAACCUGAGAAAUGGGAAAAAGAUCCUUGUCUAG